AUGGCACAGGCGUGGCAGGACGAGAUCCGCCUCGCCCUCCUGCACCGCGACCACCGCGAACACGCCCUCGCACCCGUCAUCGCACACUACUCGCGACUCGCCCAGCAGACGCUCGCAUUGAAGGAGCGCAACAAUGCACUUGUGCAUGCAGCGAGGACGGGCGGGACAGGCGGAGGAGCUGCGCAGGGGAGGGACACCGACAGCGCAGUCCACUCCGCCUUGAUCUCCUCUCUCGAAUCGCAACUCGCGCAAACCCGCGCCGACCUCUCGGAGCAAUACAAAGUCCAAUCCCUGAACGCCCAGCGGCUUCUCUCGCUCACCGACUCGCUACGGGAGGCUGAGGAACGCGGAAGAGACGAGAGAGACGAGUUGGCGAGGUUGAGGACAGAGGUCGCUGCGCUGAGGGAGAAAGAUGGCUGGUACAAGGACAUGGUCAAGGAGAAGGAGCGUCAACUCGUCAUCCUCCAAGACGAACUCGCGUCUCUCGAACUCGAACUCUCGCAACUCGAACUCCAGAACUCGAACCUCAAAACCGACAACGCCGCGCUCCUCCAACGGUGGCUCGAGAGCAAAGCGGAGGAGGCGAACCGGAUGAACGAGGCGAAUGCGUUCCUGGAGGAGGCGAAGAAGCUGAAGAGGGAGGCGGAAGACGGCGACGGGGGCAAGGGGAAGGGCAAGGAAAAGGAGAAGGAGAUGGAGGCGAUUUGA